CCUUGGAGUCUACUAUCUCGGGGUCUUACGGGACUUAAGUCGAUUACAGAGCAAAGGAAGCUACUCCCAAGGUUCAGAAAAAGCACUCCCACUCUACCCAAUUCAGAAGGCCAAGUCUCUCUACUCGCAGAACUCAGUCUAUCGCUCGCCGUUCCAGUUCUACCACUACGUCUGCGAGCAAUGAAGGCCCAUCAGCUUGCUCCACCUGUAGAAGACUUUGGAUCUCAGUGCGAUUUCGGACUUGUGACGCUUGUCGAGUUCGCCUCGCCACACAAGUUUAUCAACCUUCAGUGAUACCUACCUAUGUAGAGUCACUAACCGGCUACUGCAUUCGGUGCUAUCGAUCUUGGUCCUUAACUGCCUAUGUGUAACGAUUGUUGGUUUACGUUUGCGGAGCGCGAAGCGCGACGCUCAUUUCUCGUUGAUUGAUUUAUUCCUACUCGGUUUCAGCCGCUCUUAUGUCAGCAGCUAUGCCCGGAUAGCGGGGUUUGGCCAAUAGCCGACGCGCUCCGAGUGUUAAUCCGUAGAGCCCCACUUCGUCAAUGCAAACAUUGACCAGCUGUUUCCAAAUUCCCCACUUUGCUCUUCAACCUCAUCUACUCCUGGCCCCCACCAAGUGUGGUUCGCGGUUCUCUACUAAUGUACACAUGUGUCUAGGCUCUGUCGAGGUUUUAUGCCUCUUGCGAUGGUUCCUUUUACCUACAGUCUCCCCCCAAUGCUCAGCUUUGUCUGGGUUGCGACUCGAUCCCAUAUUGCCCAAGGAUCUCGGUCUGUUCUAUGAACCUGAUUGCCUUGGCGGCUGCUUUGCGCUCGUUCAGUAUGACCCGGAGAUUGUGUCGUCCUGGGAGGGCUCCGAACUCCUGGCGUCGGAUCUGCCGAUAUUUGCGGCAUCGCAGCAGGAUGUGCGAUACCGUCUGUCGUCCCUCCCGGCACUGGCAGUUGGCGCUGGUAAUGUCUGGCACUCUUCGGCUGAAGAGAAAAUCCUGGAGUCCGAUCUUUUCCGUGCGCGUCUGGACCAGGAGCGUACUUUGUGGAUUGAAAAAUAG